UCAGACAUUCACUCAGAAAGGUUAUUUGUGCUUCGUGGGUUUAUGAUGUGUGGCACUGCAAAUAAGAUGGAGGUUUGCUGUAGUAUUCAGAUAAUGAACUUCUCUGAAGUUGAUCCUGAAAUAAGACUGGGCCCAUAUGUUAAGAUAACUGAACAGCCCAGACAGAGAGGAUUCCGCUUUCGCUAUGGAUGUGAAGGACCAACGCAUGGAGUUUUACAGGGAGUCUCCAGUGAGAAAAAUAGAAAGACAUAUCCAACUAUUAAGAUAUUCAACUAUGAAGGACCUGCUAAAAUCAUAGUCCAAUGUGUCACUACAGAUGAGCCACCACUGCUACAUGCCGACAGCGUAGUAGGCAAGCAAUGUGAAAAUGGAGUCUGUGUGGGCUAUGUAAAUCCAGACAAUAUGACUGCAAGCUUCCCUAAUUUAGGAAUCCUACAUGUUCCAAGGAGAAUUGCUGUGGAUGUGUUAGAAGAACAGCUUAUCCAAGGAUGGAUGAAGGAAAACUGUGGGUUACUUGAAAAUAAAGAACUUACUAGAGAAGAUCGAGAAAGCAUCCGCAAAGCAGCAGAGCAGAGGGCUAAGAAAAUGGAUCUUUCAGUUGUACGUCUUAUGUUUACUGCUUAUUUACCAGAUGAGAAUGGACACUUCACUCGCAUGCUGGAGCCAGUUGUGUCUGGACCAAUCUAUGACAGCAAGGCUCCUAAUGCAUCAAAUUUGAAUAUAUUAAGAAUGGACAAGACUUCAGGCUCAGUGGCUGGAGGAGAAGAAGUAUUCCUCCUGUGUGACAAAGUCCAAAAAGAUGACAUACAGGUGAGAUUCUAUCAAGAAAAUGAAAAUGAACUGCUUUGGGAAGGAUUUGGAAAAUUUGGACCCACAGACGUUCACAGACAAUAUGCCAUUGUUUUCAAAACACCAAAAUACUUUGACAUUUAUAUCAACAAUCCCGUUUCUGUUUAUGUCCAACUACGUCGGCGUUCCGAUGGAGAAACAAGUAACGCCAAACCUUUUCUGUACUACCCACAAAAGCAAGAUAAAGGUAUAUGGAUGGGACGGAGAAGAAUGAAGUUUUUUCAAGGUAAACGCCUUACAGCAAGUAAUCAAACCAUACAAUGAAAAUGAGGCAUCUCAUCUGCACUGGCAGGCCACCCCUUUAGAAAACAUUUAGAUACCAUCAAGAAAGCAAGUAGAAUGCUUGGUUACAGUAUAUUGGAAAUGAGAGGUUAUGUUUACAAAACAAACUGUCAAAGCCCCACCUGGACCGCUGCCCCCAUCAUGCUAUCUGGAGGUAAUGGAUCUCUUUGCAUUACUCACAAAAAGGACUAACAAGGCAGAUACUGAGAUUUAAUAGUUGUACUGUUAACUAAGAAGUGGAACAGUAUGAAAGAACAUUAAUGAAGGAAGACAUAAGAAAGGUCUUUAAAUGGUAUAAACAUUAAUGUUUUUCUUUCUGGAAACUGAGAAAAGUGAAAAAUAUAAAUGCAGGGCAAAGAUUUGGCAAGCGUUGGGUUACUGUGCUGGGACAUAUUCUGGAAAUAGUGGACCUUUUUAAGAAGAAUAUGUCCAACUCUUAAUUGGGAGCCCUGAGUUGUUUUUUUUCUCUGAACCUUCUGCAUUUUGAUGCUAUAUUUGAGAGACUUUUUUUUUUACCAUUUCAAAUCAAUUUAAUGGUGGUUGUGCCAGAAUUGUUGAUCUAACCUAUAUAAAUAAACUUCUCAUAGUGUAGCAUUUGUAUGA